AUGGCGUUCCUCGCGCGGGCUCUCCGCCAGUCCAACUCGCGCCUGUCGUCGCGCUGCCCCGCCGUGGCUGCGUCCUGCCGCUGGAUCUCCCCGACCGCCGCCGCGGGAUCGCCGGAGGCCGGCGCGGCGGUGGCGCCGGCCGACCCGGAGCUGCCUCCGCCGCGGGAGCCCGUUGGCGGCGCCCUCGUGGAGCUUCCGCCCAAUCCGGAGGACGCGCUCGAGGUGUUCGUGGACGGCCACGCGGUGCGGAUCCCCAAGGGGUUCACCGUGCUCCAGGCCUGCGAGGUCGCCGGCGUCGACAUCCCGCGUUUCUGCUACCAUAGCCGCCUCUCCAUCGCCGGGAACUGCCGUAUGUGCCUCGUCGAGGUCGAGAAGUCGCCUAAGCCCGUCGCAUCCUGUGCUAUGCCCGCGCUCCCAGGGAUGAAGAUUAAGACAAACACCCCAGUGGCGAAGAAGGCGAGGGAGGGUGUCAUGGAGUUCUUGCUGAUGAACCAUCCACUGGACUGCCCAAUCUGUGAUCAGGGUGGGGAGUGCGACCUCCAGGAUCAGUCUAUGGCAUUUGGUGCUGAUCGCGGUCGGUUCACUGAGAUGAAGCGGUCAGUUGUGGACAAGAAUUUGGGUCCCUUGGUUAAGACAGUGAUGACUCGUUGCAUCCAAUGUACAAGGUGUGUCAGGUUUGCUACUGAGGUUGCUGGAGUUCAAGACCUUGGUAUGUUAGGUCGUGGCAGUGGUGAAGAAAUUGGAACAUAUGUUGAGAAACUUAUGACAAGUGAACUAUCUGGAAAUGUUAUUGAUAUCUGCCCUGUUGGGGCUCUUACAUCCAAGCCAUUUGCAUUUAAAGCUCGGAACUGGGAACUGAAGGGCACCGAGACUAUUGAUGUUACUGAUGCAGUGGGAUCCAACAUAAGAGUUGACAGCAGAGGACCUGAAGUUAUGCGCAUUGUUCCACGUCUCAAUGAGGACAUUAAUGAGGAAUGGAUAUCGGACAAAACACGGUUUUGUUAUGAUGGUCUGAAGAGGCAAAGACUAAAUGACCCUAUGAUCCGUGGUCCUGAUGGCAGGUUUAAGGCCGUGACGUGGCGUGAUGCUCUUGCAGUUGUUGCUGAGGUUUUGCAUCAAGUUAAGCCAGAAGAAAUAACUGGAGUUGCUGGAAAACUUUCUGAUGCAGAAUCCAUGAUGGCACUGAAAGAUUUUGUUAACAGAAUGGGUUCAGAUAAGGUGCUAUGUGAGGGAAAUGGUCCCAAUCCUCGAGCAGAUCUGCGAUCUAACUACCUAAUGAAUACGAGCAUUGCUGGGCUUGAAAAGGCUGAUGUAUUCCUUUUGGUUGGCACUCAGCCAAGGGUGGAAGCUGCUAUGGUUAAUGCCAGGAUUCGGAAGACUGUUAAAGCAACACAAGCAAAGGUGGGCUACAUUGGUCCUCCAGCUGACUUCAACUAUGACCAUGAUCAUCUUGGCACAGGACCACAGACCCUUGUUGAGAUUGCUGAGGGUCGUCAUCCCUUCUGCUCAGUACUGCAAUCUGCGAAGAACCCUGUUAUCAUUGCUGGAGCUGGAUUAUUUGAACGGGAAGACCAAGAUGCCCUGUUCUCAACAAUUGAAACUGUAGCCAAGAAGUUCAAUGUGACGAGACCAGACUGGAAUGGCCUUAAUGUCCUGUUGCUGCAUGCUGCACAGGCUGCAGCUCUUGAUCUUGGGCUUGUUGCUAAUCCUGCUGAGAGCAUCAAGUCAGCAAAGUUCUUGUAUCUGAUGGGAGCCGAUGAUAUAAGCCUGGACAAGCUUCCAGACGAUGCAUUUGUUGUUUAUCAAGGACACCAUGGUGACAAGGCUGUCUACAGGGCCAAUGUUAUUCUGCCAUCUUCAGCAUUCAGUGAGAAGGAAGGCACCUAUGAGAAUACUGAAGGAUGCACCCAGUGGACCAUCCCAGCUGUUCCUACGGUUGGUGAUGCUAGGGAUGACUGGAAGAUCAUCCGCGCUCUUUCUGAGGUUGCUGGGGCUCAACUGCCUUACGACAGUCUCUCAGCUGUGAGGGACCGGAUUAGUAUGGUUGCGCCAAAUCUAGUACAUGUAGACGAGAGGGAGCCAUUCACAAUCUCUGCUGAGGUUAAGCCGCCUGUAAAGCAACAAGUCAGCUCGACACCAUUCAAAACUGUUGUUGAGAACUUCUACAUGACUGAUGCAAUCACUCGAGCUUCAAAGAUAAUGGCCCAAUGCAGUGCAACCUUGCUGAAGAAGUGA